AUGGCAUCUUCAAAUAUUCUAGCUGAAAAAGAUUAUCAAACAAAAGUACUUCAAGCACGUUCGCUGGAUAAUUUUGAUAAAAAUAUUAUUUGUCCAAAUUUUACAUAUGUAUUUUAUACUGAAUUAGAAAUUAACUUAAACUGGAAUUUUCAUGAUCCUAUGGAACAAUGGUAUCUACUUUUUGCAGAAAUUUCUCUACCAAUAUGUUGCGCAAAGAAAAUUAAUGAAAAUAAUCAUACACCAGUGCAAGUAUUUGUCUAUCCGCCUAAUAGAUUAAUUAUAUAUCAUAAUGCAAAAAUAAAAUAUCGCUGUUUAAAUUGCAUAAAUGAGUGGACAUCAGCACGUGGUAGAGCUAUAUUCCAAACAGAGAUUCCGUGUACUAAUAAAUAUAAUUGUUUAUUUGUGAAUUUGUGUACACAAGAAUGCCGAUUAUGUAGAAGAAAUAUUCAACCGUCAUGGUAUUUGUGUGAAACAACUCGAGUUAUGAAAAGCGUAUGUCGAAUUAUAAUUGAACAAUUUUAUUCAAAUCGAAAUUUCCCAUUACCAAUACAUCAAAAUUCUUCCUCAGACGAACGAUUUAUACAACGAGCAAGUCAAACAAAUGGUCGCCAUCACGAAAAUCUAUGUCAAGCAUGUCGUGAAGGUUACUGUUAUGAUUCUCAUCGAAAAUAUCACUGA